GGUGGCGUACGCAUUGGUAUUUAUUCUUUCACUUGACUGUAUUGAAUAUUUUUUAAAACAAGUUUUAAAAGGCUGUUCCUACUUCAAAGUAGGAAUGAGAUACUGUAUACAAAUGAGAUACUGUAUAUAAAUCAUUCAGGACAAACUGGUGCUAAAAGCAAACACUGGUUACUUCCUAUCUUCAGAAUUCAUUCAUUUGCUCAGCACAUGUGUGGCAAGCUUUCUGUGUGCCAGGUCAGGAAAUAGAAAUAAAAGUAUGACAGAGAGCAAUGAGUGAAACCGGCCAUGGAGUGGGUGCUGUAGCGCUACCAUAGAAAUCAGCGCCAGGGCGCUGUGGGAGCUCGCAGGAUGGGUUCUAACCCAGUGAGAAAUGUUGUCAAGGAAAGUGUCCCAGAGGAAAUGAAUUCUAAGCUGAGAAGUGGAAGUGGUAACUGGCCAGAGGUGGAAGGAUGGAAGAGAGUGAGGUAAAAAAAGAACAGGAGGCGAAGAGUCAGAGAGAGCAGAGUUGAACAAUGACCAUAGUUGACAAAGCUUCUGAAUCUUCAGACCCAUCAACCUAUCAGAAUCAGCCUGGCAGCUCUGAGGCAGUCUCACCUGGAGACAUGGAUGCAGGUUCUGCCAGCUGGGGAGCUGUGUCUUCGCUAAAUGAUGUUUCAAAUCACACACUUUCUUUAGGACCAGUACCUGGUGCUGUAGUUUAUUCAAGUUCAUCUGUACCUGAUAAAUCAAAACCAUCACCACAAAAGGAUCAAGCCCUAGGUGAUGGCAUUGCUCCUCCACAAAAAGUUCUUUUCCCAUCUGAGAAGAUUUGUCUUAAGUGGCAACAGACUCAUAGAGUUGGAGCCGGGCUCCAGAAUUUGGGCAAUACCUGUUUUGCCAAUGCAGCAUUGCAGUGUUUGACUUACACACCACCUCUUGCCAAUUACAUGCUAUCACAUGAACACUCCAAGACAUGUCAUGCAGAAGGAUUUUGUAUGAUGUGUACAAUGCAAGCACAUAUCACCCAGGCACUCAGUAAUCCUGGGGAUGUUAUCAAGCCGAUGUUUGUCAUUAAUGAGAUGCGGCGUAUAGCUAGGCACUUCCGCUUUGGAAACCAAGAAGAUGCCCAUGAAUUCCUUCAAUACACUGUUGAUGCUAUGCAAAAAGCGUGCUUGAAUGGCAGCAAUAAAUUAGACAGACAUACCCAGGCUACCACACUUGUUUGUCAGAUUUUUGGAGGAUACCUAAGAUCUAGAGUCAAGUGUUUAAAUUGCAAAGGUGUUUCAGAUACGUUCGAUCCAUAUCUUGAUAUAACGUUGGAGAUAAAGGCUGCUCAGAGUGUUAACAAGGCAUUGGAGCAGUUUGUGAAGCCGGAACAGCUCGAUGGGGAAAACUCUUACAAGUGCAGCAAGUGUAAAAAGAUGGUUCCAGCUUCCAAGAGGUUCACUAUACACAGAUCCUCUAAUGUUCUUACGCUUUCUUUGAAACGUUUUGCAAAUUUUACUGGUGGAAAAAUUGCUAAGGAUGUGAAAUAUCCUGAGUACCUUGAUAUUCGACCAUACAUGUCUCAACCAAAUGGAGAACCAAUUAUCUAUGUUCUGUAUGCAGUGCUGGUACACACUGGCUUUAACUGCCAUGCUGGCCACUACUUCUGCUACAUCAAAGCUAGCAAUGGCCUUUGGUAUCAAAUGAAUGACUCCAUCGUAUCUACCAGUGAUAUUAGAUCGGUACUCAGUCAACAAGCUUAUGUUCUCUUUUAUAUCAGGUCCCACGAUGUGAAAAAUGGAGGUGAACUCACUCAUUCCACUCACAGCCCUGGCCAGUCCUCGCCCCGACCCGUGAUCAGCCAGCGUGUUGUCAACAACAAACAGGCUGCGUCAGGGUUUAUCGGACCACAGCUCCCUUCUCACAUGAUAAAGAACCCACCUCACUUAAAUGGGACCGGGCCAUUGAAAGAAGCGCCGAGUAGUUCCAUGUCAAGUCCUAGUGGAAAUUCCAGUGUCAGCCGGGCUGGUUCUGUUAAUGCUUCGACUUCUGUGCAAAACUGGUCCGUUAACAGGCCUUCAGUGAUUCCAGAACAUCCCAAGAAACAAAAAAUCACGAUCAGUAUUCACAACAAGUUACCUGUUCGCCAAGGCCAGUCUCAGCCUAACCUUCACAGCAGUUCUUUGGAGAACCCAAACAAGCCUGUUCCCUCUUCUACCGUUACCAAUUCUUCUGCAAUACAGUCUACCUCGAGCGCAUCUACGACAGCAGUUUCUAGUAAAGUCACAAAGCAGAUGACCCCGAGCGAGUCCUGUUCCAAGCCUGUGAUGAAUGGCAAGUCCAAGCUGAACUCCAGCGUCCUGGUGCCCUAUGGUGCUGAGUCGUCUGAAGAGUCUGACGAGGAGGCGAAGGGCCUAGGCAAGGAGAAUGGUCUCGGUACGAUUGAGAGCUCCAGCUCUUCUGUGCAGGAUGCAGAAGACGAUGAGGCCUCUCCGCUCGAGCUUCGAGAACCUCUUGCUCUAAAUGGUGCUGACGGUACAGACAGUGACCUGCAGGAAAACGGUCUGUCCUGUGAUGGUGCCAGUUGCCAAGUCCCACCUGCGCUACACUCAGAAAAUCCCUUUUCGAAGGCGAAUGGUCUGCCCGGGAAGUUGAUGCCUGUUCCUCUGCCUCCUCUCCCAGAAGACAAAAUCUUAGAGACCUUCAAACUCAGCAACAAGGUUAAAGGCUCGACAGAAGAAACCAGAUGGGGCUGCAGUACACCUGGACCAGAGGAGAGUCCUGCAGAGGGUCCCGGUGCGGAAAUGGAAGCUGGCAGCCCCUCUCCAGAUCCCCGUGAGAAACUGGAGACACUCACAAAUCUUAGCAGCAAGCUAAAGAAGGCUCUGCCACCCUUAGACCCCAGCGUCAAAUCUACCAAAGAAGAAGUCUCUGAAAACAUUUUAGCAAAACCUGAGGAGUCUUUGCCUAGUGCCAACACUCUUUGCAGCAGCACCAAGAAUACCACGGGGGACGAUGUGCUCCCUAAACUAUCUGGCCCUGGGGAUUUGAUGGACGACCAGAGCCGACCACCCCAGGCUGUACCUGGGGCAUUCAUAGAGAGCCCACGGGCCUCGGCUGCUGUGGAGACAGUGGGGGGUUCAAGCCCAAGUCCCCCAGUACGUUCCGAGGGGGCCUGUGAGCAUGAACUCUUAGUCUACAUCAGUCGAGACAAGUGCACGGACACGGAGGACCCUCCCAGGAGCACAGGCACAGCUGUUGAGGACUUGCCCUCUCCCCAACUAGACAAGAUGACAGAAAAUCAUUCAGAAGGGGGCCCCGAACAAAGUAACAGUGAGAAAUGUGAAGAAAAUAAGGUUGGACAGAAGAUUCCAGAUCAUUCUCCAGUUAAGGAAAAAAUCAGUAUCCUCAGAAAAGUUGAUCGAGGACAUUACCGCAACCGUAGAGACCGUUCCUCUAGCGGAGAACGUGCACGGGAGAGUAGGAGCAAAACAGAGGACCACUACCACAAAAAGCGCCACUCAUACCUGCGGGAGCGGGCCAAGCAGGACCGCUACAGGACGGAGCCCUGCGGAGGGGCCCAGCACCACCCCUGUCACAGUGAGCGGCUCAGCCCUGGUGAGUACCGCUCCCUGGGCCGGUACAGCCACCACCACUCCCGGAACCGAGGUGGGUCAGACCAGGACUGGAGCAGAUACCACCACUCAGAGAGUGAGCACUCCUGGGGCCGGGAGAAAUACUACCCGGCCAAACUGAGGUGGGACAAGUGCAGGUAUUACCACGACAGGUACGCCCAGUACACAGCCAGGGAGACGCGUGAGUGGAAGCCCUUCCACAGUGCCCGUGACUACACCAAGGCAAGCCAGUACGGCAGCCGGCCCUCCAAGGACUACUACAAGGGGAGGAAGGGCUACGAGCCGGUCGCCAAGGGCAGGGAGCGGCACCACUUCAGUCCCCGGGCCGCCCCCCAUGCCCUCCUCCCAUACCCCGAAAAGUACCCCCAUGAGAAAAUUGCACUUGUAGCUGAUGACGCCACCUGUAACCUCGCCGAGCGGUUUCAUGAGCACGAGAACGGCAAGUCCCGGAAGCGGAGAUAUGACAGCAUGGACGACAGCGAUGGUCACAUUGAGAAGAAGGCCUGGAGGGGCAUACAGAAGGAGCCCUUGGAAGAGCCCAGAGCGAAAAAGCACAAAAAAUCAAAGAAGAAAAAGAAAUCCAAAGACAAACACCGCAGCCGGGAUUCCAGGCAUCAGCAGGAUUCCGAUCUUUCAGUAGCAUGCUCUGAUGCCGACCUCCACAGACACAAAAAAAAGAAGAAGAAAAAGAAGAGGCACUCCAGGAAAUCCGAGGACUUUGUUAAAGACUCAGAACCGCACCUCCCCAAGGCCGCCAGCCAUGAGACUGUUGACCGUUUCCGGAGACUGGACGGCACCCUCCCCCUCACCGACGGGCUGCCUCUGGAAGGUGUCGGGCCUUUCCGUGAGAAGAGAAAACACUUAAGGAUGGGAAGCAGGGAUGACAGGUGUCCUCUGUCUGAGUGUGGCCAGGGUGAUUGAAAACUUGGCCUCAAAACAAAAAAUUCACUAGUUAUGAUCCAACGUGUUCAACAGAAGCCAUCCCCAACCCAGCUUAAAUUAUAAAUAUAGAAAAUAACUUUGUUCAAAUCUGCGUGGUGCUUCUUUAGUAAAUACUGUACAGAUUUUACCAUGGAGAACUUUUUUUUAGUUUUUACCUUUUCUUAAUUACCCUUAUUCCAAAUGGACGAACACUUUCUACAACUGCUGACCAUUGUAAAACACCGUGUAUAUAAAUCCCAUGGACAGUAACGCCCUGGACUGGAACAUCUCAAAUGCUGCUUAAUCAGACUCAGGUGGACCGCUCGCAUUCCAUGGAAAGCUCCUCCCAGUUAGACAUCCGGCGCGAGACCAGCCGGGAAACCAUGGAAUUAUUAAAAGUACAAACAAACUGACAGUGUGUAUAUUUAAUUUAAAGACUUAUUUAAAGAUUCACGAGCUCUCAACUAGACUUGAGAGCAGUCUGUUUUCUGUAAUGUCUGAUACUAGAAACUAAUUUGCUUCAUAUUUUAGUUGUAUUCAAGAUUUGAAAAUGUAUUUUAUAGACAAGUUCUGUUUUUGAACUUUGUGGAACUAUUCCAAUCAAUUUACCAGUUAUGAUGAGUAUUUACAUUAUGAAUGUAUAAUCCAAACAUUAUUUGUAAAGCCUACAGUAUGUUUUUAUUACUUAACACUUUUUUAUACAGUGUCUCUUGUCUUGACUAUGAUAUUGGAGUCUGAGUUGUCAGCUUGGUCCCUUAAAGUUUCUAGUUACAGACAAAAUCAUACUGUGAUUUUAUUUUUAAUAUGGAUAUGCUAUCAAACUGUGAUACACUUAUAAUUCACUGGUCCUGCAUCAGGAGAUGGAGUGGGGAAAACUGUAUUUAAUACAGUUUGUAUCUGAAUAAUCUGUAUGGUUUAUACAGUUUGUGUUGUUCAGAGAUGUCUAAAGUUUGAUCUUUGUUUUUUUAAAGAUUAAAAAAGCACUUGCCCCACUGUAAAUAUACAGCAUGUAAAAUUUAUAUAGUAUAUAAAUGGCAGCAAAUUAAA